CAGCAACGACUGUUUUUAAUUACAGCUUUCCAUCUCAAUUAUUUGCCAAAGUUCCGGCUAAAUGGAGAGUAACCACAAUCCAAGCAGAGCUACUACGGAUGAAGAUUUUCCCGCGUUUUCAAAUGUUUCCGUUCUUAACCGUAUAGAUCUAUCGAGCCCCGACAUUCAAAAAUCUGUUUCUUUAGUCAAACAGGCAAGCCUAGAUUCUGGAUUUUUCUAUGUGGUCAAUCAUGGAAUCAGCCAAGAUUUUAUGGAUGAGGUCUUCUCCCAAAGCAAAAGGUUUUUUGAUCUGCCAAAAGAUUCGAAAAUGAAGCUUCUGAGGAAUGAGAAGCAUCGAGGCUAUACCCCAAUUCUAGAUGAACUUCUGGAUCCUGUCAAUCAAGUAAAUGGAGAUUACAAAGAAGGAUAUUAUAUUGGCAUAGAAGUGCCUGAAGAUGAUCCAGAAGCAGAAAAACCAUUUUAUGGGCCAAACAUCUGGCCAGCUACAGAUCUGUUACCUGGAUGGAGGCAGACUAUGGAGAAAUAUCACCAAGAGGCACUUGAGGUGGCAAAGAAAGUAGCCAGGAUUAUAGCUCUUGCACUUGAUCUGGAUGCUGAUUUUUUUCAUAAGCCAGAAAUGCUUGGCAAACCUAUUGCAACAUUACGCUUGCUACACUAUGAAGGUUUAGGACGAGUUACAGGUAGAGUUUCCAAUCCAUUGGAGGGAAUAUAUGGAGCUGGUGCGCACACUGAUUAUGGUUUGAUCACUCUCUUGGCAACAGAUGAAGUCGUAGGUCUUCAAAUAUGCAAGGAUAGGCAUGCCAACCCACCGAUAUGGGAAUAUGUGCCACCACUAAAAGGAGCAUUUAUUGUAAAUCUUGGUGACAUGUUGGAGCGUUGGAGCAAUUGUAUUUUCAGGUCCACAUUGCAUCGAGUACUAGGGAAUGGUCAAGAGAGAUAUUCCAUGGCAUUCUUUGUGGAGCCUAGCCAUGAAUGUCUUGUGGAGUGCUUACCUUCUUGCAAAUCAGAAACAAACCCACCCAAGUUUCCUCCUGUGAGAUGUCAAACAUAUUUGAGUCAGCGAUAUAAGGAUACUCAUGCCGACCUAAGCUUGUACCGGAACCAUCAAGAUUAGUUGGUGAUUGCACGACAGUUAUAGA